AUGUCGUCCGUCUCACUCAAUAAAGUUGCUUCCAAAAAGACCGGCAAACGACGACACCAGCCAUAUGACUCCUCGAAGCGGUCUAAGGCGAACUCCCAGCAUCCGACCCCUUCAAUCAUCAAGACCACCUUACCAUCUGUCGCUGAGACGCCAUCAACGACGUCGACACCGGAAUCGCAGUCCACGCGGCCAACGAAACCGUUGCACUCCAUACGCGAGUUGGCUAUGAAAAAGAUCCGCAAGCACUACCCUUACUUCACUCCGCGCAACGACUGGGAAGUGCUCUAUCUCAGCAACGCCCCUUAUUCCGGGUCCGAGGCCGGGCUAUACGAGCGGUUGGACAAAUUUCUAGCCGUAAAUAUACAAGAACAAGGCUCGUAUGAUGCGGUCGUAGCGGGUGCAACGAAAGAAUUAGACGAGCUCUUGGACUGGACUGGCUUCAAACCGAGCCCAGGGGACCCCGAGGUCUUCGUCCGUCCCCUCUCCGGAAGCGAAUACUCGAUCCGCCUGUUCUCAGGCAAUGCCGAAAGCAAGGACUACUGCCUUGACUUCGUGCUCACAUCCACCGGCGAACCGGUCAACUCUCCGUUUAAGUUCGAUCUCCUCUGCCUCCCCGACCCGAACGCGCCGAUAGGCCUCACGCCAAUCAUGUCCAUGCACCCUCUCGAGUGUGCGUUCGGGAUCCCGCAGCACGAAAUCGAACCCGGAGAAGAGAAAUUCCUUUUGCACGACGGCCAACAUUGUUUGCUGCGUCGACCCGGACAUCGGGAUGUGCGCUUCACGGUGCCCAUCCGUCGGCGCCUCCAAGUGGAGGCGGCCCCCGUCGAUGCCGACGUUCUUGCUUUCCCAGAGUAUAUUGAUUAA